UGGAAGUCUCGUCAGGGCAGGCGAGCGCUUCUCGGUCAGUUCACUGCUCCGCACCAACAGUGGACUGGUAGUGACUCCGUUUCUGCAGCAUAAUGCCUUCUUCCGAGGAGCUUUACCUGGAGUAUCAGGGACUUCUGUUUCCCAGAGAGACUCACUCUGCAGAGAGUUUGAAGUUUGCGCAGGAAUUCACUCUGAAAGAUGAUGAUGUUCUCUCGGUUACGUACCCGAAGUCAGGGACGAUCUGGAUGCAGGAGAUCCUCCCGCUGGUGCUAAAUGGCGGAGAUCUGACUCCCAUCCAAACGGUCGUGAACUGGGACCGGGUCCCGUGGCUGGAGGAGACCAGGCUGGCGCAGGUCGUUGACAAGCUGCCGUCGCCACGUGCGCUCGUCACACACUUUCGCUACAGCUUCAUGCCGCCUUCCUUCCGCACGUCCAAAGCCAAAGUGGUCUACGUAAUGAGGAACCCAAAAGACGUCCUGGUGUCUUCAUAUUACUUCCACCAGAUGGCCACCUUCCUGGAGGAUCCAGGGACUUUUGAGGAGUUCAUGGAAAAAUUCCUGGAUGGCAGAGUCUUCUUUGGGAAAUGGACAGACCAUGUAAAGAGCUGGAGAAAUGCAGAGCUGGGAGACAGGAUACUUUUCAUCACUUAUGAGGAAAUGGUUCAGGACCUGCCCGCCUCCAUCAGGCACAUUUCUGGCUUCUUGCACAGGAAUCUGAGUGAAGAAGUCAUUCAGAAGAUAGCGGAGCAUUGCUCUUUCCAGAGCAUGAAGGCCAACGCCAUGUCCAACUUCAGCCUCUGCCCAAAGGAGUACAUGGACAGCGACAAGUCUCCUUUCCUGAGGAAAGGGAUCGCAGGAGAUUGGAAAAACCACUUCAGCUCAGAACAGCUGGCCCGAUUUAAGUCUGUGAUCACUAAAGAGCUGGAGGGAGAGAACUUCUCUCUGCCGUGGAGCUUGGACUGAUCCGCACAUGAAAAUUCAAGUAAGAAGAAACAAAAUCAAGGCAUCGACUGAUAGUUGUUGUUUUUUCCAAAUAGGACAUUUUAAAUUUGUACACUUCAAAAUGAUUUAGAUUUAAUGUGAGCAAUGUGAUAGAUUCAUACUGUAACUUGUGCCUUGACAUGUAUUUAAUUAUUGAUUGAUUGUUGGAAGAGUUUAAUUAAAGUAUUUUUUAAAAGUUUGAAUAAUAAGCAGACAUUUCUAUGAGAAAGGGGCACUUAUAGAGUAGAUCACCUACUUUUGAACUAACUGCAGAAUAACAUCAUUUAUUUGAGUGCAAAUUUUAUCUGUAUAACUAAAAUCAAUGUGCAAAUAAUAUAUAUGUAAAAAGAAAACAUGUAAGGGAAACACAGUGUAUUCAAGUCAACAAAAACUUAAAACAUUUCUCAUUUCAAGCCAGAAGUUUUUAUAUGCAACAUAAAGAACAUCUUUUUUUUCUUACUUUCUUAUAUUAAAUGCACUACAAUUAUUUUGUAGUCGCCUUUGGCUCCCAAAUGUAUUCCUAUUUACUAAAUGUCAGAAUAAUGAGAUACUUUUGUUUCCUGUUCCCUCCAAACUCAGAGGGCUCAAAAAAACAUGAUCCUGCUAUUUAGUAGCUUUAUCUUUAAGCUCUCUGACUUUAAUGGGGUUUGAGUCCAUUCUUCCUCACAGAGCUGCUGUAAGCUUCUCACUUUGAGUUUUGAAGAAAGACUUAGAAACGUCCUAAGGAAAUAUUCGUCUCAUCAUUCUGACCUUGACGAAAUAGAAAGAAAGUUGUUAAUACCUAUUAACAUGAAAAAAGGAAAAGUGUAAUCUCAUACAAAUUUAGACUGAAAAAAAUGAUUGCAUGUUUUCACUGGUGUUUAAAUUCCUUUAUUGACAAUAUCCUGUUAAAGUUUACUACAAAUAAAUUAAUAUCGACAUUUACA